GGCUCAGCCUCCGCGCACUUUCCCCCGCAGCCGGCAGCAGCGGGGCACCCUUGCACCCUCCACACCAGCCUAGCUUAAGACACAUCCUCUCCUGCACCGCGGCUUCGCCUGGCUUUCUCAAGCGCUUGAUGCUGCCCAGCUGAAAGGAGAAGAUGGGUACGGGAGAUUUCAUCUGCAUUUCCAUGACUGGAGGGGCGCCCUGGGGGUUCAGACUGCAAGGAGGCAAGGAGGAGAAGCAGCCCUUGCAAGUUGCAAAGAUUCGAAGUCAGAGCAAGGCAUCAGGCUCUGGGCUGUGUGAGGGGGAUGAAGUGGUAUCCAUCAACGGGAACCCUUGUGCAGACCUUACUUACCCUGAAGUCAUCAAGCUCAUGGAAAGCAUCACGGACUCUCUCCACUUGCUUGUUAAAAGACCCUCUAGUGGAACAAGUGAGACUUUGGAUUCUGAAACAGAAAAUACAAACCAUCAGCAUCUUACACAUGAGGGGCCCAUGGAAAGUACCACCCUGCAGAUUCACCAAGCCACCAAGACCCAGAGCCAAGACUUCUUUCUUGCUCCAGUCCAGACUAAACUUCCCCUAACUGAGGACCAAGGAAAUGCCUGGGGUUAUGCCGAAUGUACAAAAGAAGAACAGGUUCCCCAGAUACUUAGCUCCCAAGAAGGACACUUGGUAGAAGAGGUCAUCUUAAGGAAAAAGGCAGAAGCAGGCCAGCCAGGCCAUGUGGUUGAGCUACAGCUGUCCCUCUCAAAGGAAAGCCGUCAAUGCACCAGUGGCCCUAUAGUGACUCUCCAGGGAAAUGAAAACUUCAAGUCUCCAGACCCAGACUGGAGCUCCCAGCCCGAGAGAACAGUCCACAUAAAUUCGAUCUCUGCUCCUGAGAAAGCAGACACGUCUCUGACGUCCACCACAACAGUCCAGACCUCCAGUGGCCGAGAGUUGAGAGCCACCCAGGGAGGAGACCCAGGAGGCGCAGGGCUGCCCCAGGUGGAAGUGAUUCUAGAGUGCUCUGACAGGCUGAGGGCUGAAGAGUGCAGGCUGCAGACAGGAAGGGGGUGUGUGGCUUCUCCCGUGGAAGGAGGGCGGUCAGAAGCGCCUCCUUCUCUGGUCUCCUUUGCGGUCUCAUCAGAAGGCACCGAGCCGGGAGAAGAUCAACGCUCAGGAAAGGAUCACAGCAGACCACACAAGCACAGAGCGCGACAUGCCCGGCUCCGGAGGAGUGAAAGUCUAUCUGAAAAGCAAGUAAAAGAAGCAAAGUCUAAAUGCAAAAGCAUCGCCCUCCUCCUAACCGAUGCUCCCAACCCAAACUCCAAGGGGGUGUUGAUGUUUAAGAAGCGGAGGCGGAGGGCCCGGAAGUACACCCUAGUCAGUUACGGGACUGGCGAGCUUGAGCGAGAGGAGGAGGAGGAGGAGGACCAGGAAGCAGCUGACAAGGACGAGAUAAGUGACAGUGUUGCGUUUCUUGGAACCAGUGAGUCGGAAGUGGAUGAAGAGUUACUGUCUGACAUUGACGACGGCACCCAAGUCGUGAACUUUGAUUGGGAUUCUGGACUGGUGGACAUUGAGAAGAGACUGAACCGAGGAGACAAGAUGGAGAUGUUGCCAGACACCACAGGCAAGGGAGCGCUCAUGUUUGCCAAGAGGAGAGAGAGGAUGGAACAGUUCACAGCCCAAAAUGAAGAGGAGAAGACGGGCGAGAUGGCGGGCGGAGGGCCAGAUGCUCUGCAGACUGACGGUCUGAGAACCAUGACUUCUUCUUAUCAAAGAAAAGAAGAAUCGGUAAGGAUGCAGAGCUCUCUGAGCGAAAGCUCCUUCCAGAUGGGACGUAGUCUUGCCAGUGUGCCACAACACAAUGGCUUCAGUGGAAUGUCGGAGACAGCCGGGACCCAGAGGACGGUCCCUACGAACAGAACCGCCAAGCCCUUCCUGGGAUCUAUGAACCAACCCGCAGCAGCACCGUUCUCCCCAACUCGGAGUGUGACAAGUCCCAUCUCUGACUUCCCUGCACCGCCACCAUACUCUGCGGUCUCGCCUCCACCGGAAGCCUUCGCCAGGGGGAUAUCAAGCCCAGUUGCUGGCCCAGCACAGCCCCCUCCAUGGCCCCAGCCUGCACCGUGGUCACAACCAGCUUUCUAUGAUUCAUCCGAGCAGAUUGCUUCCCGCGACGAGAGGAUCGCAGUGCCGGCCAAAAGAACGGGAAUCCUGCAGGAAGCCAAAAGACGAGGCUCGUCAAAACCCAUGUUUACUUUCAAAGAAACCAAAGUGAACCCCAACCCCGAACUCCUGUCACUUCUUCAAAAUGCAGAAGGCAAGCGAGGCACUGGAGGGGACUCUGGGCCGGAAGAAGACUACCUCAGUUUAGGCGCCGAGGCUUGUAACUUCAUGCAGAGUUCUGCCAAACAAAAGACCCCGCCUCCUGUCGCUCCAAAGCCUGCAGUCAGGUCCUCCUCUUCCUCCCAACCAGUAGCCCCAGUUUCUCCAGUCUGGUCUCCAGGAGUAGCUCCAGCCCAGCGUCCUGCCUUCUCCACAUCAAAUCCACCGAACCCACCACAGGUUACUGCUGUGUCCUCCAUCAAAAUAGCCCAGCCUACCGUCCCUCCUGGCCGGCCCGCAAGUGCACUGAACCUGGCUGGUCCUUUCAAAGGUCCCCAAGCAACAGUGGUCAGUCAUAACUACAUACCCAAGCCAUCAGCUCCCACACCGUUAGUAAAUGCUGCUCCUGCUGGUGCAGGAGGACCAUCCAAUGAGCUUCCCGGAAUGAGUGGGAAAGGCGCCCAACUCUUCGCUAAAAGGCAGUCUAGGAUGGAGAAGUAUGUGGUAGAUUCCGACACAGUGCAGGCCCACGCAGCUCGGGCCCAGUCUCCCACUCCAUCCCUGCCCGCCAGUUGGAAGUACUCUUCUAACGUCCGAGCACCCCCUCCUAUGGCCUACAAUCCUAUCCAUUCCCCCUCUUACCCACUGGCUGCUAUCAAGUCUCAGCCUCCAGGUGCCCAGGCCUCCAAAACGAGCAAGAAAAAGGGCAAGAAGCCUCUUAACACUUUAGAUGUGAUGAAGCACCAACCGUAUCAGCUCAAUGCAUCUUUGUUUACCUUUCAACCCCCGGAUUCAAAGGAUGGCCUCCCUCAAAAGUCAACGGUCAAGGUCAGUACAGGCCUGGCCAUGAAGCAAGCCCUCCCUCCCCGGCAGGCGGAUGUUGGCUCUCCCAUAAAUGCGCAGGCUUCUUCCGUGUACUCGGUCCCGGCCUAUACCUCUCAGCCUAACUUCUUCGCGGAGGCCACCUCCCCAGUCAGCGCAUCCCCGGUGCCUGUGAGUGUUCCCACCUCUCCAAAGCAAGAAUCGACCUCCACGUCCUAUUUUGUGGCUCCAAGGCCGAAGUUCUCAGCCAAGAAAAGUGGGGUCACAGUUCAGGAGAGCGGGCGCUCUCUUUCUCUCCCUGGAAGAUCAGCCCCGCCCACGAUUUCUGCAUCCCCCUGGCUGUACCAGUCUGCUUGCGGUUACUCCAACAAACCAACCUUCGAGCUGGAGAAAGCUAACAAGAGACCGACACCUUGGGAAGCAGCGGCCAAGUCCCCUCUCGGUCUAGUGGAUGAUGCCUUCAGACCCAGGAACAUCCAGGAAUCCAUCGUGGCGAAUGUAGUCUCCGCAGCUCGGAGGAAGGUGUUUCCAGGGUCCCAAGAGGACUGGAAAGAGAGACUGUCGUUUGUCCCCCAAACUCAGAAGACUAGCAUGAGCUUUUCUGAAAGUCAAGAGUACAAUGCUCCAUCCCCAGUCAACAGCCACGUGUCUAGCCACUCCUUAUAUAGUACCCAGCUGCCAUACAUGUGUUAUAGGCAGGAGUCCAGAAAUGAUUUGAAAGCGAUGUCCAUGGAGACUAGGUCUGAAUACGGCCUUCCACUAGGUGGUUAUGACUAUAACCCACACCCAAGAGGGUGGAGACACCGACCCUGAAAGCUGGUGUGACAAUUGUGUGGAUUUUGUUGUUAGCGAGCCUUUGUAGGGUUCUUUACUUUUCAAAAUAGACUUAAAUUCAUGUUUAGCCCUAUGUGGCUCUCACAAGUCAUUUUUCUGAGUGUACAUGUGUGUAAACACACAAGCGUGGAGCACUUCCUUGUCUGCUGAUGCCUAAGGAACUGCUAGGUAGACAGGAGUCAGAGUGGGCAGGGCGUGGUGGCACACACCUAUGAGACAAGACAGAAUGCCUGGAAUUCGAGAUAAUUCUCAGGCACAUAGUUUGAGGCCAGCCUGGGGUACAUAAGACCGUGCCUCAAAAGAAUUACUUUCUUGCAUUGAGAUUCUGGCACUUAUAUAAAAAAUUCAAAAUAUUAAUUUCAUUUGUAAGGAGUUCCAGGCAACUCAACUUUGUCUUUGUGUAAAGACAGCAAAUCCAAACAUUGUCUUCUACGUACCUUAGCCCAAUAAAGAAUUAUUAGAAGAGGAUGUAGUAAUCGCCAGUACUUUUAAUAGCAAGGAAUAUAAAAUUCUUUGUAUAAAUAUAAAACACAUGUGCCAUUGACUUUGGUCUAAUCCACCUGUCACCCUAUUGCCUGUCCCCAUGCCUCAGACUUUCCUCUGCUGGUUCCCAUCCUUUCCAUUAGGACUAAUUCCUAAGGGAAGCCCAACAGGAAGUAAUAAUCACACAGAAAAGAAUUUCCUUGAUGUUAUUUCAAACAUUUCUCUAACAUAUUUUAGGUGUAGUUCAGAUGAAUUAGAAGGCUGAAAUGGAAAUAUUCUCUUCUUCUUCUCCUUCUUCUUUUGUUUGUUAGUGAGAAUCCUUUGCUGUGUAGCCCUGGCUGGUGUGGUUCUCCUUUUGUAGUUCAGGCUAUCCUCAAACUCAUGGGACCACCCUGCCUCAGGCUACCCAGUGUUGGGAUUUCAAGUGGGCACCACUAUGCCUGGACAGGACAGGAAUGUUUUCAGACGGGAAUAUGUCAGGGUGAGGUACUGACACAAGCCAUAUGGACUUUGGAGAAAACUGCAGUGUAUAGAAAUCACGAAUCUAGGUAUUGGAUUUAUUUCCAAUCUAUUAAGCCAGCAGCCUGAGACAGACGUGAGCUGAAGUGCUCUCAUUUGUCAGAUAAGAAGUCUGGAUUGUCUAAUUGCUUAGGUUCUUAACAAUUCUGAUAUCUGGACAUCCUCUUGGUUGGAUGACCUUUGAUGCGUUGUUUUCAGUUGCUCAUCAGAUUACCUUUAGGAGUGGACGAGGUCAUUAGUGCCAAGAAAUGCGUCACUAAAGGUCCCCAAAGGAAUUUCUAAGUGGCCGGUUUUGUGUAUGUGGGGUGAAGAUUGAUGUAAAGAUAAAACUAUUAAUGGAUUUAAGGAAGUGGUAGAUGAGUGCACCUGUCAUUGUGUAAGUGACGUGGCUGAUCACUUAAAGAAAACAAGUAGGAGAAGCACACACCAGGGCUGCUUCUGGGCUGUUCAGAGGAAGUUAGGUGGCUGACUCAGCUCUCCAGUGACCAACCCAGUCUUAUAAGCAUGACCACGAACAGAUCAGCCCCUGCUCCUUACCGCCAUACCUCAGUGUGUUAAAUACAAGGGAAUUCAAAGUAGUUCAUAUCAUCAUCAAGUUUAAUCGGUUUUGUUUUUAAUUUAAAAAUUCUUCUUAGCUUUUCAAACUUGAUUAAUUUUGCUUUAUUUUUUUCUUUCUAACUCUUCAUCUUAUCUUUUGUGAUGGUAUCUUUCAUGGAAUAAAAAUGAACUGUGAGACAGUCUCACCUUAGAAGUUACCAAAAAAAUUGAAGAAUUCUCAGUAAGUAUCAAGAGUGGCCACAUACUAAUUGUUCAAAGAAAUAUAUAACUAUUUUCCAAAAUAUAAUUGCUAGCCAGCAUGGUGCCUCAUGCCUGCAUCACUCUGAGGGAAUGAAGAGAUAGACUGCUGAAAAUUCCAUGCCAGUCUGGGCUACAAGUCUCAGGAAAACUAGAGCGAAGGCUUCGCUGUUAAUGUAUCUAAAAUCAAUAUAGUGUCCAUUAGCAUCCAAGAGGGUUUUUUUUUUAAUAGAAUCUUUAAAGAAUAAUGUUAGACCACUGGAGUUUUUAGAAGUGUGCACGUAUGAUCCUUACUAGCUUCAAUUUUAUCAUCAAAUUUAUCACUAGGUGUCUGAGUCAUUCUGGAUUAGGCUGGUUUUAGAAAUGGAGGAUUAACGGAAAAGAUGUUAUUUAAUGGGCCCACGUUCUCUCCUGCUCCUUUUGUAAGUGCUAGGCUUUAUUUCCACCAGUUGAUUCACAGCAUACUUUACUAAAACUCAUUCGAUUCAAGAGGCAGAUUGGUUUUAGAUAUUAUUAUAAAAUGCACUUAUCUUCUGCUUUACCACACCAAAAUUAGUAUUGAUAUUGAACUGUCUGAUUCUGUAUUUUGUGCAACAGAAAGGCUGCACAUUUUCUUCACGAGAACCUGCGUGUCUUUAUCACACAGUGAUGCUUCAGCACGUUAAAUUGUAUAGAUACAAGACGACCACUGCAGUUCAAUACCAGGCUCACCGUAGUAUUUUCCUCUUAUUGACUAGAAAAUGAUACAGUUCUACGACUGACAUUCAGCCACCCCAAGAUUUGGCUCUUAUGGUUGGGAUGUUAUGUUACUGUUUUAAGAAGAAUAAAACAAGUUGGUCUCGUUUUCUAAGCAAUAGCCAUUGCACAGAAGAGUUUGUGGCUUUAAAAGCUAAGCCACAUUGGCUGAGGAUAUAUUUCAAUCAUCAGAGGCUACAUAGUGUCUUACUAAACCUGCUCUCACAGUUGAGCACAGUUACAGAGAUGUUAAUCUGUCAUUGCCUCCUAUCCAAGUCUGAACAUCGUAUCAUUGCAUAGGUGUGAAAUGUUAGUAGAUAAUUUUAACUUGAACUCUGAGUGUGAUGGCUGCACAGAUUCUAGUCCCUUUGUUUUUGAGGCUGUCUCAUGUUUGGCAGCAUCAUGCACCCUGGAAAGCAUACACUCUGUAGGGCUCAAUCACAGAUAUACAUGUGUAUUAAUGACUUAAAACUUUGGAGAAAAAAUUAUAUCAAUUAGGGACAGUUAUAAUGGGGGAAAUUGCAGAAAUGUUUGUUUCUUAAGAAAGGGAUUUUCACACUUGGAUUCUAUUCAAAGUAGAUGUAACUGCUACACGGUUCAUACUUUCCUAUUAGGUUGUCAUUUCUAUUCUCUCUGUCCCCAAAGGCUGUAUGUGAAAGCUUUGGACUGAAAGUUCAAACGAUAUUAGUAAUAAAUGUAACUUUAAAAAAAGUCA